UUCGCCUGGAGAGCUCCAACUUGUAUACCUUUUUAUCAUAUUUGUAUCGAAAAUGACUUCGUUCUACGGCUAUCGUUGCCCCUACGAGGAUGGGAUGGAUCUAUCGUGCGUGAGUUUGAACUAUGGUCGCAGGAUCGUAAGGAUGGACAGACACGCCCUCCUGAUGAAUGCCCUCAAGAAGAUGCCGCCAAAGCCGCAGAAAACGGCUCGUUUGUUUCAGCCCAAGCUGGAGAAGGACAAGGACAAUGAGACUAUUUUUAUAUUUGCAGCCCAAAAGGAUAGGGUAAAGGAUAUCCGGGUGGCAGCUACGUUGGUCAAAGGACCGGAAUCUGGACACGGACGCAAUCAUCGUGGUGCUCGGAUUUUUGAUCGCCAUUCCGGUUCAAAUCGCACUGGUGUCAAGGCGGUGGACAAACGCAAUGGGGCCGGGGCCCACAACUGGGGAUCGCCGGAGCAGGAGAUCCAGAUGUACCAGAAGGACGAUUCUCGCAGGAACAAGCAAUCACAGGAUGUGCCCAUCCAAUCGAAGGCGACUCUAGAAUAUUGUUCGUCGAAGGAUUCGCCGGUGCAAUUCACACUGGACGAGUGGCGUGCCAUGCAGGCCCUAAAGAAGAAAUUACUUCAGAAGAAUCAGGAGAAGGCUUCCAAGGAUGAUGAAGCUGGGUCGGGAGAAUCAGGAGGUUCAGGAAGCUCUGGAGGAUCCGGAGAUGAAGCCGCAGGACGCUGCUCUGGUCGCCAAUCGCGUCUAGUCGACAUCAAGUUCUAUUUCACUACCAAACCAGGACCCAUUUUGAGGAUCAGCGACUACCCAAAGUCCUGCCCAAAGGUCGACGAUAAGGGGCAGUUCCCAAAACUUUCCUAAGUUGUUCAAGUUGACCUUUUCUACUGCCAUUCAAGUAAAUUUUGGUAUUUCGCUUUAUAUUCAUGUUACAUCUAUGUGAUUCGGUAUUAUGUUAAAAAAGCGAGGGAUUUGAGGCAAAAAGAAAACCUUCUUGGAUCUUCAAAAUUUUAAUAAAA